CUUGAUCAAAAUCUCCUCUCCCACUCAAAACGCUUCCUACAAAAGGGGACUGUAGGAAGCCUCCUGCAUCUCGUUACCGUCGGCGGAAUCUGAUCGGAACUCAUCGCAAAUGGCUGAAUCUCCGGCAGGAAAUGGAAGCGCUACUCUGUUCUCUCCGUUCAGGAUGGGGAAGUUCGAUCUCUCUCACAGGGUGGUUCUAGCGCCGAUGACGAGGUGUAGGGCUUUGAAUGGGAUUCCGGGGGCGGCGCUGGCCAAAUAUUACACUCAGAGGUCCACUAAAGGCGGAUUUCUGAUCACCGAAGGGACUUCGAUCUCCGCCACCGCCGCUGGGUUUCCACAUGUUCCUGGAAUUUACACGGAAGAACAGGUGCAAGCAUGGAAACCAGUGGUGGAUGCUGUUCAUGCCCAAGGCAGUAUCAUUUUCUGUCAACUCUGGCACGUCGGCCGAGCUUCACACCAAGUUUAUCAACCUGGUGGGAUGUCACCAAUUUCAUCCACAAGCAAGGCCGUAUCGAAAAGGUGGAGAAUCCUACUUCCGGAUGGCUCCCAUGGCGUAUAUCCAACCCCACGACCACUUGGUACGUACGAGAUCGAGGCCGUGGUUGAGCAUUAUCGACAGGCUGCAGUGAACGCCAUUCAAGCAGGCUUCGAUGGGAUCGAGAUCCAUUCAGCUCAUGGCUACCUCCUCGACCAAUUCUUAAAGGAUGGUAUAAAUGAUAGAACCGACGAAUAUGGAGGAUCUCUCACGAACAGAUCUCGAUUCUUAUUGAAGGUAGUUCAAGAGGUAGUAUCCGCCAUUGGAUCGUCUAGAGUCGGUGUUAGAAUUUCUCCUGCCAUCGACCACCUCGACGCUAUGGAUUCCAAUCCUCUCAAGCUAGGACUACACGUCGUCGAUCAACUUAACAAACUCCAACAAGAAGUUGGUGGGAAGCUCAGUUAUCUCCAUGUAACUCAGCCACGGUACACAGCCUUUGGCCAAACCGAGUCGGGUAAGCUGGGAAGCGAAGACGAGGAAGCCGAGUUUAUGAGGACUUUGAGAGGAGCUUAUGAAGGAACCUUCAUUUGCAGCGGCGGGUUCACCCGAAAACUAGGAAUGCAAGCAAUCGAGAACGGAGACGCCGACUUGGUGUCGUACGGUAGGCUUUUCAUUGCCAACCCUGACUUGGCUUUAAGGUUUAAACUCAAUGCACCAUUGAACAAGUAUGUUAGGAAUACUUUCUAUACACAAGAUCCUGUCGUUGGCUACACAGACUAUCCAUUUCUGAACGCUACAAGUGGUGAAAAGGAGCCUCUUUCUCGCCUUUGAUUGGACUCUUUUGAGUUUUUAAGUUCUUAUUUGUUUUCAUUAGUGAUUUAGUAUUAAUAUUAAAAAAAUUCUGACGUACGAUAUCUCGGGUGUUAUCAUAACGGUACGAUGAAGGUUGUACAAUGAUGAUAGUUUAAAAGUGUCAUAAUAAAACUCAUCAUCGUACCAAUACGAUGACAGUUCACAA